AUGUUUAGAACACUCACCAGAACCAGUCUUGCGGGAAGAAUUUUGCCACUUCGGGCAAGCCCGGUUGGUCUCACUUUCACAAAGCACUUGUACUCGACCCAAAGGAGAAAGGUUGUCCGUCCUGAAAAUGCUCCAAGAAUCAGAUAUCUAUUCAUGAUGGUGUUGAUCUCAUUUGGUAUGUUACAUUAUGUCACCACCAAAGUGGAGAAGAAGGUACCCAAAAACUCCUUUACUGAACGUGAGUUUCAGCAAUAUGAAAAGGAAACAGGAUUGAGGAGACGUCACAAGUUGGUCAGCCACGAGAAAAAUGAUCAGUACGCUUUCUACGUGGUGCCAUACUGUCAUGAUGUGCAAAAGACUGAGAAGGAGUUGGCAACCAAGUUGCCUAAGGACCGUCAAGUGAAAGUCAUUGAGGUUAGUGCUUUGGUUGAGAAGGAGAUUGAAGACGAAGGAAAAUACUCCUACUUGUUGCAGGAUUUGAAGGCUCAAGGUAGACAAAUGCCUCGUGGAUUGAUCACGGCCAUCAUCAAGCAAGAGAUUGAGUUGUUUAUGAACACCACCAAGGGACAAUUCGACACGAACAUCGUGAUAUUGAACUAUCCACAAUCAACAGAAGAGGCUAUCAAGUUCGAGAAUGAUGUUUCUGACGUUAAAACCUGUAUCAAGUUGGAUGACGACUACACCAAAUCCCUGAAGUCAGACUUGUCUGGAGAUGACCUUAGGAAAAUAAGCAAUGUGUUUGGAUACUUCGAUACCGUGCACAAGGUGACCCCUGUCAACUCGAAGGUGAAGACAAUUGAGUAA